CGUCAACAGCAGCAGCAGCAGCACGAGAGAGGACGCAGGGGGUGGUGGUGAGAGUGCGAGAGACGAGGGCGCAACACUCCGCAACGAUUCAUUGACGAGCUGCUGCUGUUGUCGUCGAAGCAGUGGAGGAGGUGAACAACGGAGGCUCAUGGCGUUUAAGUUGGUGUCGUGUUGGCCCGCAGUGCGCCACUGCCUACCCGCCGUGCGGGGUGCCGAGAGGGGCCCAGCAUGUAUCGCCGCCUCCUGCCGCUCCUUCUCUUCGGGGUCAGAAGUCACGCCCAAGAUAACGACGCACUACACGGUGCACCCGCGGGACAAUGACCCACGAUGGGCCGACGUGAACAUGGAGCGCUUUGUGGACGAGGCGGACGUGGUGAUCGUGGGUGCCGGCCCCGCGGGGCUGUCGGCCGCCAUCCGCCUCAAGCAGCUGGCGGCGGAGGCCGGGGCAGAGCUGCGCGUGUGCGUGGUGGAGAAGGCGGCACAGCUGGGUGCGCACACGCUGUCCGGCGCCUGUCUGGAGCCCACCGUGCUGCAGAACCUCUUCCCCGAUUGGAAGGAAAGAGGGGCCCCGCUCCACACACCUGUGACGAAGGACAGGUUCGGGAUCCUCACCAAGAAGCACCGAAUCCCAGUGCCCAUCCUUCCAGGGCUGCCCAUGAACAACCACGGAAACUACAUCGUGCGGCUGGGCAACCUGGUGCGGUGGCUGGGGGAGCAGGCGGAGUCGCUCGGCGUCGAGAUCUACCCGGGCUACGCUGCUAGCGAGGUGUUGUUCCACGAGGAUGGAAGCGUGAAGGGCAUCGCCACCAACGACGUGGGCAUCCACAAGGACGGCUCGCCCAAGGAGACGUUUGAGCGCGGCAUGGAGCUGCAUGCGAAGGUGACGCUGUUCGGUGAGGGCUGCCACGGCCACCUGGCAAAGCAGCUGUACAAGCGCUACAACCUGCGGGAGAACUGCCAGGCCCAAACCUAUGCCAUAGGACUCAAGGAGUUGUGGGAGGUGGACGCGAGCCUCUGGCGCCCGGGCCUGGUGGAGCACACAGUGGGGUGGCCGCUGGACCGGCACACAUACGGCGGCUCCUUCCUCUACCACCUCAACGAGGGCGAGCCGCUCGUCGCACUCGGAUUCGUGGUGGGGCUGGACUACCAGAAUCCGUACCUCAACCCAUUCCGCGAGUUCCAGCGCUUCAAGCAUCACCCAAGCGUGCAGCCGACGCUGGAGGGCGGCAAGCGCAUCGCGUACGGCGCUCGUGCUCUCAACGAGGGCGGUGUGCAGUCGAUCCCCCAGCUGACCUUCCCAGGCGGGUUGCUCAUCGGCUGCAGCCCAGGCUUCAUGAACGUGCCUAAGAUCAAGGGAACACACACGGCCAUGUACAGCGGCAUUCUGGCCGCGCAGGCCAUCUUUCCGAGGCUCUCAAGCGCACAGGGAGGCGAGCACGGCCUGCACGUGCCCGAAUACGAGGAGGCGCUGCACUCGUCCUGGAUGUGGAAGGAGCUCUACACCGUGCGCAACAUCCGCCCAUCGUGCCACUCGGUGCUCGGCCUCUAUGGCGGCAUGAUCUACACGGGCAUCUUCUACUGGAUGCUGCGUGGAAAGGAGCCCUGGACGCUCAAGCACAAAGGUGCUGACUCGUCAUCACUCAAGCUUGCCAAGGACUGCACGCCCAUCGAGUACCCACGGCCAGAUGGCAAGAUCAGCUUUGACCUGCUCUCCUCGGUGGCGCUAAGUGGCACUAACCACGAGGGUGACCAGCCGGCGCACCUCACGCUCGCCGACGACAGCGUGCCCGUGCAGCGCAACCUGGCGCUCUACGACGGCCCUGAGCAGCGCUUCUGCCCUGCAGGCGUUUACGAGUUCGUCCCCAACGACAGCGGCGAGGGCAUGCGGCUGCAGAUCAACGCUCAGAACUGCGUGCACUGCAAGACGUGCGACAUCAAGGACCCGAGCCAGAACAUCAACUGGGUGGUGCCCGAGGGCAGCGGAGGCCCCGCCUACAACGGACUGUGACCGCCCAUCUCCUCCUGACCCCCGUUGUUAUCUACACGGCCGUCCCCACUGCUCUCUCCACCCCGAGGGUGCCUGUUUUGAGUUGUCAGGACAACCGGUAGGGUCGUGGCGGAUGUGAGCCGGGCUCUCUGAUGGUGCCUCCACGUCCCCACUAUUGAGACGUGUUUAGACGCAGCCUUGCUUGGCUCGCACUGCCGAUAAAAAUAAUGUGUGGAGUUUCUUGUGUUGCAUUCAUGGGUUAGUGGUGGUAAUUGCCGCUGUUCCCAUUCCAAUAAUGGUGCCGCAGCCGCUAAGUUUGAUACCAUGGGCAAGAUUUGUAUUUGUUCAAGUCAAAUUUUUAAUAAGUUAGAAGCUCCUACAUAUUUUUUGCCAAAGAGAGCUUUUCUUUUAGCGUCGAGUUAACGUUCUGUACUUGAAUGUAGGUUGAUUAUACAUUGCCAUAAAAUCUGCGAGACUGUGCGAUGAGGUUUCGCGACGUAAAGUCAAUGCUGUGCCUCCCUGGCUCAACUGACCUCUGCUCUGAGCCUGGGUUUGUUCUGUGUCUGGUGAAAGCGAUGGCUUGAAUACUCUGAACGUACUCUAGCAUUGCUGCUUUUGUAUGAAUCGAGCAUUAACGUCUUGCAUUUAAAUGAAGUUUACCAACUGUGGAAAAUUUUAAUGAGCCUCAAGGACUGUCUCAUUCAUUGUAUGUGCAACUGUUGAAGAGUAGUCACUCGGAUCUCACUGUGCUUCAAAAAAUUGUUGUGAGAUGAGAUGGUUAGGGAGUGUAAUUUUGGGAAGUGGGGGAAAGUAAAGUUUAUUGUAUGACUAUGGGCUCAUUCAGCUGAUGUCACUUUUGACUCUAAAUUUGUGUGAGCGCAAUGCACUUAGAUUUUUGGAAAAGAAGUGUUGUGUUGAAGUUUUGUGCACGGUGGUCUUUUUUUAAAGCCUUAAAUAUAAUAUCCAAAUGUAUGAAACAGUAUUUCAAAAAUAGUUCUACUGUGAUUUUUGCCGCAA